AUGGUUCAUUUCCAGACCACCACUGCAGCUCUCUUCUUCGCUACCGAUAUCGUGGGGUGCACCGACCUGGGCUGUCCCACGCAUCCCUGGGACUCGUGCACCGUCGCGGACAAUACCUACGUCGGGGUUGGUUUAACCCGCAUCGCAGAUGUCCCGGAUGCCCUGGAUGGCAUCUCCUUGGUGAAGGGAGUCAACAUCUCUUUGCCUGGUCCUGGUGGGGUUGGAGACCCCGUAACCAGCCAGACUCGGCCAUACAACUCCGUCUAUUAUCUCGGAACCCCCAGAGACCUGGACGUGGGUUCUGUAUCUGGCUGUGCUGUUGUAUUCAACGAUCCCCCUUCUCGCACUUUCGUUUCGGGAGAUCUCAACAGCACCGGGAUCCAAGAGGGCUCGGGAACCUGUCCCGACGUGAUUGAACAGAGCUGCAUCGCCAAGCUCACCGAACAAGCCCAGAAUGUGAACUACAGCGGCUCCGGAGCUUGCUCGGCGCUGGAGAGACAGCUCCGAUCCCAUGCGCCAGACGAAUGCAGCGAUUUUGCUGGCGCUGGGAACGGACUCGGCAACUUUACCGUCGCCUCGCUCGGGGGCCUGUCGAGCAUCAGCGGCUCCCAGAACUCUACCUCCGACUGCUGGCCUAUUUUACCCAAGUCCGAUAACCUCGCGCAGUUUGCCCGGGACACAGCGAUGGGUGGCUACACCGCCACCGCAGACCUGACGGAGGUCUACAAGAUCACGCCCAUUCUGACAGUCUUUACUGCUGGGAACGGCAGUCUGGUGAACAACACCUCGGCACAGCUCACCUGUCUCAAGAUCGUGACCACCCUGAAUCCAAAUGCCCCGGGGGUCGCCCAAGGCGCCGCUCCGCUCUCUACAUCCAAUCUGGUUGGGGUGAGCGCGGCCGCCCUCGCCACAGUCAUGUUCACGGUGUUGUAG